CACUGGUUGUUACUUAAACACGCUUUAUGUACGUCACAUGGGCAAAAUAUAUAUUUCGAGUUAAAGUUUGUGUGAGUAAAAAAUAAUUAAAAUGUUAGAGAUAAACAAAACAGCAAUUGGAAUUGCUGCUGGAGUUGCAGGAACGCUUUUUAUAGGAUAUUGCAUUUAUUUUGAUACGAAACGUCGUAGCGAUCCUGACUAUAAAAAAAAAGUUAGAGAGCGUAGAAGAAAAAAUCGCAAAAAUGGGAAUUCAAUCAGAAGUGGAAUGCCUAAUUUGAAUGACCAUGAAGCUAUUGAAAGAUAUUUUCUACAAGAAAUUCAAAUGGGAGAAACCUUAAUUGCUAGAGGGGACUUUGAGAGUGGCGUAGAGCAUUUGGCUAAUGCACUCGUUGUGUGUGGACAACCUGCUCGUUUAUUGCAAGUUUUGCAGACUACGUUGCCAGCUCAAGUUUUUGCAAUGCUUAUAUUGAAGAUGCAAGAAUUCGGCAAUAGAUCAAGCUCUGAAUCUAACGAGACACCGAAAAUAGUCACAUCGAAUCCUUUAGGUCAUGAAAUGUCAUCAGGUGGAAUUGAAAGUAAUUCAACUGGAGUAAUUAUUGAUGACCUUGAAUAACUUAAAAUAUAUGAGUCUAUAAUGAAUCAAAUCUGGCAAUUUUCAUAUAUUUCAUUAUACUUGAUGUUAACUUUUUUGUAGAAAUAUAUUGUUCGUUGGAUUCUAAAUAUAUAAUAAUUACUAACUUA